UUUAACAUUAAAUGCGCAUAAAUAUUAUAAUUUAAAGUAUUUGAUUUAGAAUAACUUUAAGUUUAAUUGAUAUUAGAAAUCAUAAUGAAUAAAAAUCUAAUAAGCGUCAAUUCUUAUUAAAAUGAAAAGACAUCCAAUAAUCCUUGCAGUAAUGUGGAGUCUUAGUUAGAUUUUGUUAAAAUUACAAGUAAAAACGGUGAUUAAUAUAAUAUAUAAUAAUAUAAUUAACAAAAAAAUGGAUUUGGCAUAUUUUAAAGUAAGAAUCCUCAAGAAAGCUAUGAAGGAUAGUGGCUUAAUAACAUGAAACAUGGUAAAGGCAAGUUUAUAAGUGAACAUGGAAUCAUUUAUGAAGGUAUAUGGAGUAAUAAUAAAUCUAAUGGGUACGGAACUCUAUAAAUUCCUGAUAAUUUCUAUGAAAGAAACGACUACUCCUAAAAAUAACUUUUAAUUGAGAGCUUUAAAAUAUUAACUAAAAGCUUGAAUAAUUAAUUCUAAAAAGAUGGAGAGCUUUUAAAUUAUCGUGGAGGCUGGAAGGAAGGUAAAAUGGAUUCAUUAGGGAUAGCAAUAUUCUGUAAUGGAGAUAGGUAUGAAGGUGAUUUUUAAGAAGGUUUGAGACAUGGAAAAGGAGAAUAUACAUUCAAGGAUGGCAAAAAAUAUAUAGGAAACUGGUAUAAUGACUUGUUUGAUGGACAGGGAGUUCUAUCAAAUUGCAAUAUAAUACUUUAUUAAGGAAUGUGGAAAUUCGGUUAAAUGAAUGGGAUUGGAAAAGAAUUUUAUUUGGAUGGAAGCUACUUUUUUGGUAAUUUCUUCUAAAAUUUAAAAGAAGGAGCUGGAAAGCUGUUUGGGAAGAAUAAAGAAGUGUUUGAAAGCGUUUGGAAAUAAGGAGUUCCUGAUAAGAUAUGCAAAAUUACAUAUGACGAUGGUUCAGUCUAUGAGGGUGAACAGAAAGAUUAUUUAAAACAUGGAAAUGGAAAAAUCCUUUAUUAAAAUAACGAACUUUAUCUUGGAGAAUUUUUCUAAGAUAAAAAACAUGGUAAAGGGAUAUAUAAAUAUUUUAAUGGGGCAACUUAUGAAGGAGAUUGGUAAAAUGAUAAGAUAGAAGGGAUAGGAUUUUAUAUUUUUGAAAAUAGAGAGAGAUAUGAAGGGAGGUGGUAAAGCAACAAACCAAAUGGUAGAGGAAAGUAUUAUUAUGAAAAUGGUGAUUUAUAUGAUGGAUUUUGGCAAAGAGGAAAAUAAAAUGGAAAAGGUAUCUACAAAUAUGCAAAUGGCUCGAUUUAUGAGGGAUUAUGGAAGGACGGAGAAAAGCAUGGUUAUGGAAUAUUAAUCAAUCAGUAAAAGGUUUACUAAGGAGAUUGGAUAAAAAAUGAAUUAGUCAAGGGUAUAUUAGUAGAUAAAAUCACAAAAGAAGUUUACAAUGGAUAAUUCAAAGAGAAUAGUAAAAGACAUGGCUAUGGUGAGUAAACAUAUAUAAAUGGUGAUAAAUAUCAUGGAAAUUGGGAGAAUGACAAAAAGAGAGGAAGGGGCACAUACAUCUUCUCAAAUGGAGAUUCAGUGGAAGGAGUAUGGGAAAAUGAUGAAAAAACAGGAAAAGAUACUUAUAAAUAUAAAUCAAACAGCACUUAUUCUACUAGUAUAUGUGAAGAAGAGAGAAAAAAAUCAAAGCUAUUUGAAAGUAAAUUGGGAUAGUCUAUAAAAAAUUAUGAAAGUUAAGGUGAGACUGAGUAUUAAACCAAGAGACUUUCAUAGUAGUCAAUAAUUAUUGAAGAUGAUUCAAAUGCAACAAAAAAAAGUAGGUUGCUCAAUUCUUGUGACUAAUACUAAUCAAGAUAUCUCUCUAACUCAGAAGUUAAGCAUUAGAAUACUGAUAAUACAACUAAGCAAGAAGAGAGUAAAGAAGAGUAUGAACCUUGUUAACAAUUUGAUGCAAAUGAGUUCAAUUUUGAUUUAUAAAAAAGUGAAAUUGGAAUUGAAGAUUUUCUAGAAUUAAAUAAAUACUUAGAUAAAAUGACUUUGGAUUUAAUGAGUUUGUAAGAAUACAAUUCAAUAAAUAAACAGGAAGUAUGA